AUGCAGCUCCCGGCUCUGUGCUGCGGGGCCUCGCUGCUGCUGCUCGCCCUGCCAUGGGCUGGAGCACAGCCGGCCGGCGGCGAGCGCGGUGCGGAGCUGCUGUCCCUGCAGGAGCUGCUGGAGGCGCUGGGGCAGCUCCGGGAGGAGGAGGAAGAGGGGGAACCGGGCUUGGAAGACGAGCCGGUGGCCGGGGCUGAAGACGGCGGCUCGGAGCCGGACGCCCCGGGGGCGGGGAGCAGCCCGCCCGGUGUCCCGCUCCCGGUGCCCAGCCCUCGCCAGCCGGCGGAGGGGCAGAGCCCGUGGAGGAGCCUCCUCUCCUCCCACAGGCGGAGACACUUCUCGGGCUGCUUCGGGACGAGGAUGGAGCGGAUCGGCGCGCAGACGGCGCUGGGCUGCAGCCAGCACAACGCCCGUUUCUGGAGGAGAGGGAGAAGCUGA